AUGUGGCAUGCGGAUGUGGCGGUAAGCUAUGAUUUUGUCUUUUCUAUGUUGCAGCUUGUUUGCGAAUGUCUCGAGGGCACCGUCGGUUACCUGCAGCGUUCACUUCAAGUUAUGGUUUCCCCCUCCCCUGAGGAGAUGAAUGGUGCUGGCAAGACAUCGAGUGGGUGGCCGCGACGACUGACGGAGUGGCAUGCGCCUGAACGGUUCCCGAAGGUCAGAUAA